AUGUCUGAACAUCUCAAAAAUCAUAGUCAAAACCAUGAACUAGCAGUGCCUCAAAAGUUAAAAAAGUAUAAACCAUCAACAUCAUUUGGUAAUUUAUCUACUGAAACAAGUCAAGACCAGGAACUAGUGCCUCAACAGUUAAAGCAUUCUAAAGCUAAACGAACAACAUUGUUUAGUAAUUUAUCUGCUGAAACAAGUCAAGAUUAUGAACUUGUGCCUCGGCCACAACAGUUAAAAAAGUAUAAGCCAAACCCAUUGUUUGAUAGUUUGUCUGAUGAAACAAGUCAAGAUUAUGAACUUGUGCCUCGGCCACAACAGUUAAAAAAGUAUAAGCCAAACCCAUUGUUUGAUAGUUUGUCUGAUGAAACAAGGUAA